AGGAGUGUGGAUAAAGCAUGUGCAGCACCCGCCAAUAAGAACUCAGAAAUCUCUCGUUAUACACAACACAUACCCUUUUUCGAAUCAACGCCACCCGCCCAAAGACCAAACUGAGUCCGAGAGAGAGAGAGAGAGAAGGAGGGUCAACAUUUCACAACUCAAUUUUGCAAUUUCCCCUUUCCUUUUUCUACUGCCCCUCCUCUCCCUCCCUCUCUCGUUUAACAUCUUCCAUUCCCUUCCUCUCUCUGUGUAUUCUAGGGUUAGGGUUCUUCUGACUCCACAAUGGCCGUUUCAACCACUUUCUCCGCUCCCAAAUUGGAGGCCCUAUUCCUCAAAUGCUCUUCCUCCUCUUCCUCACCAUCGCCUUCAAGGGCAUCAUUCACCACUUUUCCCCGCCAAAACAGAAGAACCCUCAUUCAGAGAGGGUUUAUUCGCUGCGACGCUCUGGCCUCUGAUGCAUCAUCGGUUGCUCCAAAUAAUGCCACCGCUCUUGAGCAGCUCAAGAUUUCUGCAGCUGAUAGAUAUACAAAGGAAAGGAGCAGCAUUAUUGUCAUUGGGCUCAGUGUGCACACUGCACCUGUGGAAAUGCGUGAAAAACUUGCCAUUCCAGAAGCCGAAUGGCCAAGAGCUAUUGCAGAGCUGUGUAGUCUUAAUCAUAUUGAAGAAGCAGCUAUUCUGAGCACCUGCAACCGAAUGGAGAUAUAUGUUGUUGCCCUGUCCCAACAUCGUGGUGUCAAAGAAGUCAUGGAAUGGAUGUCAAAAACAAGUUCCAUCCAUGUUUCAGAGCUUAGCCAGCACCGGUUUUUACUUUACAACAAUGAUGCCACGCAGCAUCUUUUUGAAGUAUCAGCAGGUCUUGACUCUCUUGUUUUGGGGGAAGGUCAAAUUCUUGCUCAGGUUAAGCAAGUUGUCAAAGUGGGACAAGGAGUUAGUGGCUUUGGAAGAAACAUUAGUGGGCUAUUCAAGCAUGCAAUUACUGUUGGGAAAAGGGUUAGAACUGAGACUAAUAUUGCUUCUGGGGCAGUUUCUGUUAGCUCAGCUGCCGUUGAGUUGGCCUAUAUGAAGCUACUUGAAGCCUCACAUGAUAAUGCAAGGAUGUUGGUUGUUGGGGCUGGCAAGAUGGGAAAGCUUGUGAUCAAACAUUUGGUGGCAAAAAGUUGCAAAAAGAUGGUGGUUGUCAAUAGAACUGAGGAGAGAGUUGCUGCAAUACGUGAAGAACUGAAGGAUAUUGAGAUUAUCUACAAACCUCUUUCAGAAAUGCUCACCUGUGCUGGCGAAGCAGAUGUAGUUUUCACCAGUACUGCUUCAGAAAGCCCAUUAUUCUUGAAACAUCAUGUCAAGGACCUUCCUCCUGCAAAUCAAGAUGUUGGAGGCCGUCGCUUUUUCAUUGAUAUCUCUGUUCCCCGGAAUGUGGGUUCAUGUGUCUCAGACCUUGAGUCUGUGCGAGUAUACAAUGUCGAUGACCUUAAAGAGGUUGUGGCUGCCAAUAAAGAGGAUCGUCUAAGAAAAGCAAUGGAAGCACAGGCAAUCAUUGCUGAAGAAUCUAAGCAAUUUGAAGCUUGGAGGGACUCGCUGGAAACUGUUCCUACUAUUAAGAAAUUGAGGGCUUAUGCUGAAAGAAUCAGGCUUGCUGAGCUUGAGAAGUGCUUAGGUAAGAUGGGUGAUGAUAUACCAAAGAAAACACGGAGAGCUGUGGAUGAUCUUAGUCGGGGUAUAGUUAACAAGUUGCUUCAUGGUCCAAUGCAACAUUUAAGGUGUGAUGGGAACGACAGCCGGACUCUUAGUGAGACACUGGAGAACAUGCAUGCUUUGAAUAGGAUGUUCAACCUUGAGACGGAAAUAUCUGUUUUGGAGGAGAAGAUUCGAGCAAAGGUCGAACAAAACCAGAAAUGAAAUCUAACCCCAAUUUCAUUGAUCAUACUGAUUUAUUUUCUCCUUUAGAAUAAGAGGAAACAUCCUCACCUUUUAGGAUUAAUGAUCCUGUAAUAUUUAGUUGCAUAGUUGAAACAGCUGAAGUCUCCAUGAGGUCGGUCCCUGUGUCUGCUUGGCCUAACUCGUUUGUGUUUUUUGGGUCAUCCUUCUUCAAUGUGUUCUUCCGCAUCCAUCUGUCUUUGUAUUAUAAAAAAUGAAAUGUUUUGGUGAGCUUUGUGUUUACAUCGAAUAAUAUUGUUAUAAGAUUGUCCCCAUAUCGGGAAAUUAAUUGUAAGUACCGAGUUUCUAAUUUCUGCAAUAGAGACAAGAUUGGUGAGCUGUGUA